AUGCUGCGGGAUACCUACAGGAACUUUAACACCUGCCUGUUCACCAAGGCAGGCACGCCACUUCCUCUUGACGACCAUGAGGUGCUCUUGUACGCAGCGGAAGACGUAGGCUAUUCCAUUGUGGUUGGGGAGGGCGGCCUGUUCAAUACGUAUAGGCACAAGUCAAACCAUGGUUCCCUGUUUGUAACAAACUGCAGGCUGAUCUACCUUCCCAAAAUGCCUACGACUCUUUUUUGCUCUUUCUUCUGCAUGACAACUGGUAUUAUGAAUGUAUCCAUGAAAGGCUCCAAGAAGGUCUGCCUGGAGGUCUCUCUUUUUGGGAAUGUAGCAAGCAAAAUAAGCUUAAAGAUGCGGGACAACCUGCCUGACACCUUGGUACAGCAAAUAAAGGUUUCUCAGGCAUAUCUUUCCCGUAUUGAAUAA